AUGAAUCGUUUGCUGUUUUUUCUUCUCUUGGUGCUGAGCGUUGCUUGUGUGGGUGCUGUGGCUGGUGUGGAGCCUGCAGCUAGGGCCGCUGGAGAGACUGGUCCUGAAGAGCUUACUGCUUCUGGUGAAGGUCUAGCUGGUGUUGAAGAUGUAAGAACAAGAGUGGAAUCCACACAAGAUCUUGGUUCUGUUCCUGGCAGCAGUGACUCUCGUGAUGGCGUUCCUGCAGGUGAAUUGGAACUGAAGGGCCCAGAAGUGGAUUUGAAAGGACCUAAGGUGAAGCUAGAGCAAACACAGAGGGGGAAAGAAGAACGGCCUGCGGAAGAUAAUCAAGAAGUUAGAAACCCGUCUGAGAGGGGUAAUCAAACUGUGCAAAGUCAGAAUCAUCAGGCACAAACUUCUGAUUCUGAACCAACUUCAUCUUCUUCUGGUUCUCCUUCUCCAGCUGGUAGUCCUACUACAUCACGUACUGAUGAGACCACAACUGUUGGUGACACAUCG